GUCGUAAAACUGGAACCUCUGGAAAUCUGAAAAUGAAGUUUGCUAUCUCGGUGAUUUGUUUGGCAUUUCUUGCAUACGUUCAAGCUGAAGAAAUAAAAUGCGUAGAGAAUGCAGUGGAUAUGGUAUUUGUUGUAGAUUCGUCUAGUAGCAUCUGGCCUGGAAACUAUGAAUUGUAUGUCAUACCGUUUAUCAAAGACGUUGUCAACAUGUUUGACGUUGGUCCCGGUGAGAAUGAUACCAGAGUCGGAAUUGUAACGUUCAACAAUGACUAUCAUCUACAGUUUCACCUGAACAAGUUUCUCUCAAAAGAAUCCGUUAUGAAAGGUAUCGAAGGUAUCCGAUUCACCACUGGUAACACGUAUACCAACAAAGCCUUGCAGUAUGCCACCAGUACGAUGUAUACUCCAGAACAUGGGUCUCGAAGCAACGUCCAAAAUGUUAUGAUUAUUCUAACCGACGGUGAAUCAGACAAGCCAGAAUUAACCAGAGCUGCUGCAAACCAGGCCAAAGCUGCAGGAAUCAACAUAUUUUCCAUUGGGGUUGGUGCGAAAGUAAAAGUACAGGAACUGAAUGAUAUGGCAAGUGAACCAACAGACUUGUUUGUAUUUGAACUAGAUGAUUUCCAAUCGUUAAAGUCUAUUAGGAAUCCAUUUUCUAAAAGAACGUGUGAAGUCAUAGUUUCAACUACACAAACACCAACAACAACCACACCAGAGCCAACUACCAGAACUACCAAGCGGCAACUAACUACCACUCCAAAAGUAACACCAACCACAACAAAAGUAACAAAAACCACAACAAAACCAACAAUCACCAGCACAACAAAACCAACUACAAGCACUACUACUCGAACGACGCCGAAACUAACCACGACUACCUCGAAGUCAACUACGACAUCAACUACACAAAAACCAAUGUCCUCCACACCCAAUCCAGCGGUUGAGGAGACGACACCAAAGAACGUCGUGAACGACGAAAGAGCGAACACCACAUAUUGUGGUGGUAAACCAGCUGAUAUUUAUUUCGUAUUGGAUUCCUCUAGCAGCGUUUGGAUUGAAGAUUUCAAUUUUAGAAUGCUAACAUUUGUUCGUGAUGUCGUGGAUACAUUCGAAAUUGCUCCAACUCUAGCCAGAGUUGGAUUGGUGAUCUAUUCUGAUACUGUCAAACCAGUAUUUGGUUUAAAAUCUUUCAGCAACCGCGAAAGCCUACUCAAUGCUAUCCAACCCGAAACUGUAAAAUAUAUGAGCGGCAGAACCAAUACAGCUGACGCCAUUAAGUAUGUUAGGGAAACUGGAUUUGGAAAAAGGGCUAGUUCGGCUAGGACAGAUGCUGCUCAUGUUAUGGUAGUAAUCACUGAUGGUAUUUCAAAAGAUCCCCGGGCCACUAGACGGGAAGCCGCCGAAGCAAAGAAAGCAGGGGCCAAUAUCUUUUCAAUUGGUGUAGGCCCUUAUAUCGACCAACAGGAAUUGGAAGAUAUUGCUAGUGACCCCAACCAGAAAUUUGUUUUCAAUGUCGAAAAUUAUGGAGCUUUAUCUUCUAUACGAAAUCUUCUAGCAGUUCAAGCCUGUGAAGUUAUUCCCGAGGUACCAAAAGACGUUGACGUUGAAAAAAAUCCUUGCAUAAUAACCCCAACAGACGUUCACUUUGUAUAUAAGUCCAGUACCAGGUCAAUUAAUGAGAGAACUGCUAUAAAAGAGUUUAUUCGAAGGUUCACCACCAACGAACAGAACAAGCACGCUCCUAUACAUAUGGGUAUUACCACUGAUAAAUGCAAGAAGGACACAAAGAUACCCUUCUCUAGUAUGGAAACCUUUAGACACAACUUAAAUACGCUGAUGAACAAAGACGAAACCAUGUUGCAUUCUUUGGUGAUGACCGUACGCCGCGAAGCUAGAACAGGUAGAGACAAUGUUAUGGUUGUAUUCAUUGAUGCAUCAACUACCGAUCUGAAUCAAGUCAUGGCCGAAGCCAUGCGAGCCAAGUUCCAGGGAUUUAAAGUAUUUGUCGUUGCUGUCGGUGAUGUAGAUUCCAGGAUUGUGUCUAGAAUAGCUUCCUCUCCAGUUAAUCAAUAUGUCCAGACGAUAGAUAACUACCAACAGAUGGAUACAGUUCAAGUUAACGUCCUCCAUAUGAUGUGUGAACCUACAGCUAUUAUCAGAAGCAAAACGAUGAUCAAUCCAUAUGAAGGCCUACGAGUUGUUCCUGAGGUACCGGAAGCACAAUAAAAAAAGACAAUGAUAGUGGAACUUUUUUUGUGAUAAAACUCCAAUAUUUUGUAAACUAGGAGUAUAAACGAAGUAAUUCGCUAAAUUAGAAACAUGUACUUCUCGAAAAUAACGUUACCCGCAAUAAAGUACGUGUUUAACUCAGGGCGCGAAAACUACCGGACAAUGUCUAGUGUAAUUCCGUCGUUUGUUGUACACGUUUAUGAUGUCAUCGAUAUAAUUGAAUCCACUAUUCUAAUGUAUGAAAACGAAAACAGGAUGGUGACUCAUGAUCUUUAUUAAAUAUAGAAACUAUGACCCCGUGACAUAGAACAUUAUCAAUGAAUUUUGAUAUCCAGUGACAUUUAGUGCAAGUACAUUUAGGAGGAUCUGCGAAUCUAGCCGUACUACAAGAUUGUGAGACUUUCCUAGAAUUAUCCACGCAUUUCUGACUAAGAUAUUGAAAUUGUUCAUAUAUAUGUUUAUGGUUAUAUUAGAUAUAUAUGCCAAUAUGAAAUAAAAUUUGUUUGUUUUUAUUAUGAAUUUAAUAGAUUAUAUUUAAAUUUUAUAAUUCAGAUUAUAAAUACAGAUUAUAUUUACAUUUUAUAUUUUAUACUUAUAUAUUUAUAGAUAUUAUGUUGUAUUAGAACAGAUAUUGUAAAUGUAAUUUGCUUUGUGAUAUUUCUAUAUUUAUAGAUAUUAUUUUGUAAUAGAAAAGUUACUAUUAAUGUAAUUUGCCUGGUGAUAUUUCUAUGUUUAUAAUGCCUAUUUGUUGUUCGAAUUAAAAAUUCGAUAUUUAUGAUAAACAUGUUCUCUUUUGUUUCUUUGUUUAUUUCGCACGUUUAACAAAGAACCAAAGUAGGGAAGAUGUUAUCUAAUUUCGUUGAUACCUUUUUUUAUGUUUUAUACCAUGGAUACAAUUGCCAAUUAUAUUAAAGAAUAAAGCUAAUUAAUA